AUGGCAGAUAGUAGUUCACAUGCAAUAAAAGAAAGAAAACAUCUAGAAACAGACAUGCCCCUUGCUUUCAACACACAGUUAGAACCACAAGAAGAGAACACCAAGGGCGCCAACUCUACGGGAAUUCUACAAGCUUUAGCUGCGCUAAACUUUAGAGCAGGAAGAGCCACACUUACAUUAAAUUUAGAGACAAUUACAGCGCUCUAUCCGAAAUUAUGGCAUAAACUUAAUCCAGAGACCCGGAUACUACUCCUACAAGAGGAGCUGAACAGACGUUCUGGCUCAAUAGAAGCAGCCAUGGCUAACCAAUUAGCAGAGCUUAUCUCUAAUGUUAGCUCGACCCAGCUGCAAGAGUGGCCAGAAGAGUUGUGGCAUAAUGCUUGGCAAAUAGUCUUGUCAAUCUCGGAAGGAAAUAGGGUCUCCGCUGUCGCAAACCUUUGGUGUUUCAGAGACUUUGCACAGAUUACAAUGAGCCGUGGUUAUGAAGAAUGGUGCUACAUUAUGAUAGGGCAGACCGAAGCACCAUUCAAGUACUUGUUUCAUGAGAUAGCCUUAGAAUUUGCAUUAAAAGAGACCAUGUACCCCAUUAGAUUUACAGACGUGUGGAAUAUGGGCAAAGGAGAUCGAGAAAAUGCAAAUAAAAAUCUUCUAUUGGAGUGCCAGAGAUUAGACAGACUGCUAAGAAAGAAAGCUGGUCGGAUAAUUCAUAACCAAAAAAAAGAAAAAAUCCACCGAAAUUCAAACAGCAAACAUAGAAGGUUUUUUAGCAAUUGCUACCGAUGUGGUAAGAGGGGACAUAGGGCAAGAGAGUGCCGUGGCGAAAUUCAACAAGAUCGAAGAAAAGACUACAUGAAUAAUAACAAAUGUUCAUGGCAAGGAUGGAACCUUCCUAAAAAGGACGGUUCACAGAAUGACUGACACUAAAAAGGUUAUGAUUAAUCCAGACAUAGGAGAGGUGUACAAAGACACAAAAGCAAGUAUCCAGAGAGGUGCUUUAUAAGAGUUUACAAGAAUGGAUAAAUAAGAUUAAACUCAUGGAUGAUAGAAUAAGAAGGGGGUGAAAAUAUAUAUUUCAUGGGCACCAGCAAGUGUAAAGUUUCUUAGAAAAGAUUAACUAUACAAGAAGGCAUAUUUAUAAUUCUCUAAACUUAAAGCGCCCUAAAUGAGUUCACGAGUAAUGGAAGGAAGUUUGCCUGAACAGGAAGACACCAGCAAGCCUUUGAGAAUUUAAGUGUAGAUGUAAGUAAGAUUGUUACAGCUACUAUACUGAAGUUAAAGAAGAAGUUUAAUUUAGAAGCAGCCGCAUCGAAUGCCGAUGUAGGCGCCGUAUUGAGCCAGAAGGAUAAUAUUAUAGGUUUUUUCACCCAGAUUGAUUCUAACACAGCAGAGGUACAGGAUUAUAAAGAAUUGUAUGCAAUGGCAUGUGCAAUGGAAGGAUUUAAACAAUACUUAUUAUGAGACAAGUUGAUAUUAAUACGGGUUAUAAGGCAAUAGAAGUACUCUGCACAAAAGUACAGAGCAUUUAGCAGUGAGAAGGUUACGUGAAGGAUGCAAAUGUUAGAGAGCUUUCAGUUUACUCCAAAAUAUAGGAGAAGAUGUGAUUCUAAUUUUCGGGAUAUAUCACUGUCUAUUUAGGACUAUGUUAUACAGAUAGAAACGAUGUCUCUUUAUGAGCACGGUGUUCUUCUAGAAAUAAUGUAUAAAUUAUUUAUAUAAAAACAUAUGGCUGGUUGGUGUUUAUUUAGUCAGAUAACAACUGUCUACUCAUAGAAUUCAGAAGGUUUACAUCGUAUAAUAUCAGUCAAAAGUGUAGGCUGCAUGUUAUCGAAUCACAACACUACAUACUACAACA